GUUCUCCAAACCAAAUCUCCCCGCCGGCCGCCGGCCUCUUCGAGUUCUAACCUAUAACUUCCUGAAGUUGUAUUAUACUGCUUGGAUUUUAGUACAGUAAUUAAAAGUGGUUCUAUUGUAAUUUGGCUUUAUAUAUCAACGCAGCUUAUUAGUUUACCUUUGGGUAUUUAUCAAAAUGGGGAAAAAGAAUAAGAGUUUGACACCAAAAAAUUCACCUGCUACUCCUAAGUUAAAUCCAGUUAUUGGAAAGAAAACUAAAUCACCUGUAUCUGAAGGCAAAAAAAAGGCCAUAAAAGAAAAUUUUAAAACGGUAAAUACUCUUACAACUCCAUCCAAAGGCCCUCAAAAGAAAAUAACAAAUUCACCUCAACCUCAACACCCUAAUGGAAAACAAAAUUCAACUGGCACUCCUAAAUCUAAGAAGAAAAGGAAUAGAAAAAAUAAGAAAAGACAAUCUGAAAACUCAUUAACCUUAAGUCCAGAAAAAACAAGUGUAGACAAAACUCCGACAGAAAAGCCCCUGUCCAAAAGAGCACGACGAAAAUUAGCAAAAUUGAGGAAAGAACAAGACAAAACAGGUGAAUUUAUCCCUUUAGAGCAACCAGCAAAAAAAAAGAAAGCGGCACAAUCACCGAGUAAAAAUAACGCCCCUCACUCAGAUAAGCAACAAGGUACCAACUUGUUUGAAUCUGACUCAGAUGAGUCAUCUGAUGAUGAUGAAGAUGUUCAAACUACAGAUGUAUCAAACAAAUCAAUUAAUGCACCCUCUACUGAUGAAGAAAUUGAGGAGGAGAGUGAGGAGGAAAACGAAGAAAGUGAGGAGGAAGAGGGAAAACUAAACAUAAAGGCUUCCUCUGAGCCAAAGCCGAAAAUCAUGGACUUUGGUUCAGAAGAUGAUGAUGAUGAUGAGGAGGAAGCCAGUAGUGAUUCUGAUUCAGAAGAAGUUGUUAAUAACAAACUACAUAAAACUAAAAAAGAAAAUGCUAAUGACAGCCAAGAUAGCCAGGAGAGUCAGGGCAGUCAUUACUUGUCACUAGAAGCAUCAACAAUCGGAUCAUCACCAAUCAAGAGGAAAAAGGAAGACCUCUCUGAUGAUUCUGAUGUUGAAGGUAAAAACUUUAUUGAUGAUGAAGCCGAAGAAGGGAAUGAAACAUCUGAUGAAAGUGCUGAAGAGGAAGAAGAGGAACCUUCCCCUGUUCAAAAGAAACGCAAAAUUACACCCAAUGAUGACCAAAAAGAUGGACGAUUCCAAGAAGAACACAAAAUAUUUGUUGGCGGUCUUGCACCAAACUCAACAGAAGAUGACUUGAGAGAAGCUUUGUCUGAUGUGGGGAAUAUUGUGGCAGUCCAUGUUCCAUUAAGCAGGGAAGUGCCAGGGGAGUGCAGAGGAUUUGCCUUUGUCACCCUGAAAGACCAGAAAUCAGUAACAAAAGCCAUCAGCCUGAGUGAGCAAGUAGAGGUGAAUGGAAAAUCUAUCUUUAUUAGAAAAUACAACUCAGAACCUGGUGGAGGCGGUCAGCGAGGCGGAGGCCGUGGAAAUUUUGGUGGUGGUCGUGGCAGAGGCAGAGGUGGUUUUAGAGGUGGUAGGGGAGGUUUCAGAGGAGACAGAAAUGGGAAUCGUGAGGGCAGGGGAGGAUUCAGAGGAGGGCGAGGAGGAGGAGACUAUGGAAGUAGAGAUGGACGAGGUGGGAGAGGAGGAAGUGACAGAGGAGGAAGGGGAAGAUUCAAUAGGGGAAGGGGCCGUGGCAGCAAAUACUUCCUCUGAAGAAAUUGCAACUUUUAAUGUAAUUAUAUUGUCUCUUUGUUUUAUUUGAGUAUUAAAUCAGACCACCUAGACCUGACAAGUUUUAUAUUCAUAUUAUUUGACACAUUCUUUUUAUAUCAAUAACUUUUACAUGUUGUGUUUGUUUUGUUAUCAAGGAUUUUGUGUUUUAGCUACCUAUGUUUAUUAUUUAACAGUUGGAAUGACUGUUCCUUAUUUCGUACAGUGUUGUUUGAAAUCCUGACGUAAGUGGCACAUUGUAAGAAAUUAUUGUGCAAGAAAUGUAACAUUUUAAAUAUUGUGAGUCCAUAAAUACUGUUCACAUUUUGUAUUUAACAUUACAGUAAUAAUUCUUGUCAAAAUUAUGUGAGUUUUAGUUAGCUGACAUUUUUCUGACAUGAGAAUAUAAAACUAGUUGUCUUAUGAUAUAUAAGACUGAUAAAAAAUGUUUUGUGAUACAUUUUUGAAUAUUCACUUGUAAUAAACCACCAUUUAAUGUUAAUUGUUUUGUUAACAAGAUCAUAUUAAAACCUUUGUUAUUUGAUACUGAA